AUGAGCCGAGAAAUCUCCAGGGACGAAGUAUCGCACAACAACACCGCCGACAGCCUGUGGUGUAUCAUCGACGCCAAGGUUUACGACCUGACCGACUUUGCGGAUGCCCAUCCCGGGGGUUCGACGGUGCUGCAACAGGUCGGAGGGCUGGACGCGACGAAUGACUUCUUCAACCUCCACCGGUUAGAGGUCCUCCAGAAAUAUGAAAAGUUGUUGUGCAUUGGCACCGUCCAGGGCGAGAAGCCCCAAGUGAUAUACCCCAAGCCCGGCGACCUCAGUCUGGUGCCAUACGGGGAACCGACCUGGUUGACGCCACAGUUCAAGAGUCCUUACUACAAAGAGAGCCAUCGGCGGCUGCAGCGAGCUGUGCGAACAUGGGUCGACACCGUCCUGACUCCCGAAGCCCAGGAAAAGGAGAAUAGCGGAAAGAGGAUUUCCGACGAAAUCAUCCAGGAAAUGGGACGCCUUGGACUGAAUGCCAUGCGCAUGGGACCCGGGCCUCAUCUGAAAGGGCUUACCCUGAUGAACGGCGCAGUGACACCGGAAGAAUUCGAUUACUUCCACGAGAUGGUCAUCACUCAGGAGCUCUGUCGAACGGGGGCUCGGUCCUUCAACGAUGGUAACCUGGGUGGUAUGAUCAUCAGCUUGCCGGCUGUCCUGUACCAUGCAAAGCCCCAGAUCCGAAAACGAGUCGCGGAAGAGUGCUUCUCGGGCAAGAAGAAGAUCUGCCUGGCAAUCUCAGAGGCGUUUGCUGGCUCGGACGUGGCUGGCAUGAAGACCACGGCCGUCAAGAGUGCCGACGGCACGCACUACAUAGUCAAUGGCACCAAGAAAUGGAUCACCAACGGAGUCUUCUGUGACUAUUUCGUCACCGGCGUCAAAACCGAAAAGGGUUUCUCUGUGCUGCUCAUCGAGAGGGAGGAGGGAGUCGAGACCACCCAGAUCAAGACGAGCUAUUCCACAACCGCUGGGACGGCAUUCAUCAAGUUCGACAACGUCAAAGUACCCGUCGAGAACCUCCUCGGCGUCGAAGACCAAGGAUUCCGGGUGAUCAUGACGAACUUCAACCAUGAACGGUGGAUGAUCACGACGUUCAGCAUUCGAUCGAGCCGGAUGGCCGUCGAGGAAUGUCUCAAGUGGGCGAACCAGCGGCGGGUGUUUGGAAAGAGGCUGAUAGAGGAGCCCGUGAUCCGACAAAAACUCGCUAAAAUGAUCGCCUACGCCGAAGCCAUCCAAAACUACCUCGAGAACAUCACCUACCAAAUGUGCAACAUGACCCAGGAGGAGCAGAAUCGACACCUGGCCGGCCCCAUCGGGCUCUUCAAGAUGUUUGCCACGCGUGCGGCGCACGAGAUUGCCGACGACGCCGUCAAUAUCUUCGGCGGGCGCGGCAUCACGACCACCGGCAUGGGCAGGACUGUGGAGAUGUUCCAUCGCACGUACAAGUUCGACGCCAUUCUGGGAGGCACGGAGGAGAUUCUGGGGGAUCUUGGUGUGAGGCAGGCCAUGAAGUAUAUGCCGAAAGCGAUGCUGUGA